AUGUCACCCUCUGCGGCGCCUGUUGGACGAGAGACCGGCAAGCCUGGGGAUCUAUCGAACACCAACUGGCGGCUGAUGUCGAGUGAGGGAAUGAAUGGAGACGGAGAUUUGAUCGAGCCGGCGAGGCAGUCUCCUGAGAACGACGAUGGCGAUGACGAUGACGAUGACGGCAGCGGAUGUGCUUGCGCCACGGGCGAACAUGGACACUCUGAAGAUGUUCCUGGCUUGUCGUCUUCAGGCAUCAGUUUGAGCGAGUCCAUACUAGAGUACCGAAUGGAAAACGGGAGGACGUAUCAUCGGUAUAAAGACGGCAAGUACACUCUUCCGAAUGACCAAGCCGAGCAGGAGAGGUUAGAUCUUCAGCACAAUGUCUUCCUCCUCACCUUUGAUAACAGGCUCGGUCUCGCGCCGCCGUGCCAGAAGGGGGCCGUCGUCCCGGGGAGGGUCCUCGAUAUUGGGACGGGGACGGGGAUUUGGGCCAUUGAUUUUGGCGACGAGCAUCCCGAGGCUGAGGUUCUCGGGAUCGACCUCUCGCCUAGUCAACCUACGUUCCUCCCACCAAACGUCGACUUUGAAAUCGACGACCUCGAAGAGGACUGGGUUUUUGACGAGCCCUUUGACUACAUCCACAGCCGCCUCAUGACCUCCAGUAUCGCAGACUGGAAGGAAUACCUACAAAAAUGUUACGAGUUGAGUCCCCUCCCCCACUACCUCCCCAUCAACCUUGCACCAGGAGGCUACCUGGAGCUCCAAGAAGUCGACGUGGGACCCUCAUGCGACGACGGCACCCUCGACCACACGACCUCGGCGCUGGCGCGGUACUGCGCGCUCCUGUACGACGCGUCAGUGAAGCUGGGCCGGCCUUAUCAGGAGAUUCCCAAGCUGGCCGACCUGAUGCGCGAUGCCGAGGUGGGCUUUGUCGAUGUCGAGGUCAAGGUGUUCAAGUGGCCCACCAACGGCUGGCCGGCGGCGGACAGCGACGACGGGGGAAGGCUCCGGGAGCUGGGGGUGUGGAGCGGGGAGAACAUCGUGGCCGGGCUCGAGGCGCUCGCCAUGGCGCCGUUUACGAGGGCGCACGGGUGGUCCAAGGAGGAUGUCGAUGCGUUUUUGGUUGAUGUGAAGAGGGAGAUGAGGGAUGAGAGUAUCCAUGCUUAUGGGCUUGUGUAUUCCAUCGUUGGGAGGAGACCGUUGGAGUGA